GUGUCUGUGAGAAAAUAAACUGAAUUAAUAUAUAGCGGGGGUUGUAUCUCUGAACAUUUAAAGCCUAAAUAACCUCAAUAGCAUUAUUACACAGUAGAGGGAGGAAAGCUAAAGGAAGUCUGUAGACAGGUUAGGUAGGGUGACUGGGAAAUUUUCUCAUUGUUCAGAGGAAUUCUGAAGAUGAUGGAAAUAUCAGACAUGCUAAAGUUUCCUAGUAAUGCCCAAGGAUGCUGACCUGGCUUUCAGUGCUGCAUUGUUUGAAAAAGCAGAGUCCCUUUAUACUCUGAUUUCAAAAUUUUUUUCUUGUUUUUGUUUGUCUGCCUUGGCAUAUACUAAAGUAAGUGCUCCCUCACGUGUUGCUAAAGGAGUUGUUGAGCACACCAAAAUGAGUCUACAUGGUGCUAGUGGGGGACAUGAGAGAUCAAGAGAUAGACGAAGGUCAAGUGACCGAUCUCGAGAUUCAUCUCACGAAAGAACAGAAUCUCAGCUCACUCCUUGUAUUAGAAAUGUUACUUCUCCAACACGACAGCACCAUGUUGAACGUGAGAAAGAUCACAGCUCCUCUCGUCCAAGCAGUCCUCGUCCUCAAAAAGCAUCUCCAAGUGGUUCCAGUAGCAGUGCUGGGAACAGCAGCAGAAACAGUAGUCAGUCAAGUUCAGAUGGUAGCUGUAAGACAUCUGGGGAAAUGGUGUUUGUGUAUGAAAAUGCAAAAGAAGGAGCUCGGAAUGUAAGAACGUCAGAACGAGUGACACUAAUAGUGGAUAACACUAGAUUUGUUGUAGACCCAUCCAUUUUUACUGCACAGCCAAAUACAAUGUUGGGCAGGAUGUUUGGAUCUGGCAGAGAACAUAACUUUACACGUCCCAAUGAGAAGGGAGAGUAUGAGGUGGCAGAGGGGAUUGGCUCUACUGUGUUUCGAGCUAUUCUGGAUUACUAUAAAACAGGAAUAAUCCGUUGUCCUGAUGGCAUAUCUAUUCCUGAACUGAGAGAAGCUUGUGACUAUCUUUGUAUCUCUUUUGAAUAUAGUACUAUUAAAUGUAGAGAUCUCAGUGCCCUAAUGCAUGAGUUAUCAAAUGAUGGUGCUCGUAGACAGUUCGAAUUUUACCUGGAAGAAAUGAUUCUGCCUCUCAUGGUAGCUAGUGCCCAGAGUGGGGAACGUGAAUGCCACAUAGUGGUGCUUACAGACGAUGAUGUGGUUGAUUGGGAUGAAGAGUAUCCACCACAGAUGGGAGAAGAAUAUUCACAAAUUAUUUAUAGCACAAAAUUAUAUAGAUUUUUCAAGUACAUUGAAAACAGAGAUGUGGCCAAAUCAGUUUUGAAGGAGAGGGGUCUUAAGAAGAUUAGAUUGGGAAUAGAAGGUUAUCCAACCUACAAAGAAAAAGUAAAGAAAAGGCCUGGGGGCCGCCCAGAAGUGAUUUACAACUAUGUCCAAAGGCCCUUUAUUCGAAUGUCUUGGGAGAAGGAAGAAGGAAAGAGUCGGCAUGUAGACUUUCAGUGCGUAAAGAGUAAAUCUAUCACCAACCUUGCAGCAGCUGCCGCAGACAUUCCCCAGGACCAGCUGGUGGUCAUGCACCCAACUCCUCAAGUGGAUGAGCUGGAUAUUCUCCCUAUCCAUCCCCCUUCUAGCAACAAUGACCUCGAUCCUGACGCACAGAAUCCGAUGCUGUGAUGGUGAUGUUGCUUGAAACCAUAGCAUGCUACUCUUCGCAGUGACGCUGCACUCUCCUCAUCCUGCACUGCAAGGCCACUCUCUGCACUGUGAGAUGCACAGAUGUUUAGGAUAUUGCAGUGUAGACUUUUUUAAAGACCAAAGGUAGCUGAAUGGUUUUUUAAGUGAGUACAACUCUAGCAUCUUGAGGUUCCAGUUAUAUAAAUGUAUUUGUUUACCGGUAGGUUUGUGGAAUUGGUUCUUUGUAUGGGGGACAGUCCUUUUUCACACAUCUAGAUCUUUUCAGAAGUGGUGGAAAUUGGCAGCUGGGGUACUUUCAGUCUAGGUUGAUAUUCAUCACACCCCAGAUAAAAUGUAGAAUAUUAUAUAGUUGCACUUUAUAUAUGGUGGUUAAGUGGAACUGUUCAAGCCAUUUUUAUAGUUGUGAUGCACAAUAUAAUUUAAAUAAGUGCUUCUAUCAGAGUAUUCUUUCAGUGAAAUGUGUAUAGUUUGCUGCCCAUGAUGAGCAAAAAAUGAGUAUCAUUGGGCUUAUUUGAAUGAUUAGGAUGAGAUUCAGUGCCCAUAUCAGUUAUCUCCAGUGCCGUUUUCAUCCUUUUCAAGUGAGUCACAUGCAGGGAGUGUGAACAUCAGGUGGUUUAUUAUCCAGUCUGCCUUACCCUUAAUCUGUUCACAGAUAUUUAUUUACUAAUGAUUUUUUUUGAGUUAUGGGAUAGGAAGAUGAAGUGUUUGCUCUUCAUUUACUAAAUGAUUGUAAACUCGUUUUUCAUCAAAAUAAAAUUCCAUUGUUUUAAUGUU